AUGCUGGCUGUGUUUGACCUGAAGUCCUUCAGGCCAGCAGUGAACCUCAGCAACCCCACCAUAAGUAACAUCUCCUUCACCCUGUAUGCUGUGCUGGGGGUGAAUGAGAAAACCCAAAUACUCACUACCUUCUUGUGGCUGAGACAGUACUGGAGACAUGAGUUUCUGGUUUGGGACCCUGAUGAGUGUGACGGCGUCACCAAGAUUUCUCUCCCCGCAGCGCAGCUCUGGUCUCCAGACAUCAUUGUUUAUGAGUUCCCACUAUUCAGCUGCAACCAAGAGACAGAUCUUGACGGAAAAAUAUCCCACUUCCUGCCUGGACCAGAGUUUCUUGCACAUCUUGAAGCUGCCAAAGACCUUCAGGUCCCAUCUGAAAUAGGGCCAGAAACAAGCCUGCCCACUGACAAUCAGGUGAUUCUAAAAUGUGUGGAUGACGAUGUUUCCCAAGCGUGUCCUUACGUCUACGUCAACCACACCGGUCACAUCCGCUGGGACAGGAUGCUUCGGCUCGUCUCAUCCUGCAACCUGGAGAUCUUCAGUUUUCCUUUUGAUGUGCAGAAUUGCUCAUUUACAUUUGGCUCCUACAUGCACACUAUAAGGGAUGUGAGGUUGGGUCCAGCUCUGACCUUUGAGGAAAUGUCUGGAAAUUCAAAGCGCUACCUGGAAGCCAGCGGAGAGUGGGAGCUAGUAGACAUCCUGGGAGAGACAUCCAUCCUCAAGUUUGGGAUCGACCAGUGGGACAUCAUUACCAUCUGGGUGGUCAUAAAGCGGCGGCCGGUCCUCUACGUGGUCAACCUGCUGAUCCCCAGCUCCUUCCUCAUGCUCAUCGACAUCAUGUCCUUCUACCUGCCCCCGCACAGUGUGGAUCGCGCCUCCUUCAAGAUGACCCUCAUCCUGGGCUACACCGUCUUCCUGCUCAUCAUGAACGACCUGCUGCCCAGCACAGCCAACGGCACGCCCAUCAUAGGUAUCUAUUUCUCGGUGUGUCUGGCCCUCAUGGUCAUCAGUCUACUGGAGACGGUCAUCAUUACCAAUGUCCUCCACCACAGCUCCAUGAAAUCUAAAGAAGUCCCAAACUGGGUGAGAGUGGUUGUCCUCAAACACAUAGCCAACCUUAUCUGCUACAAAUGGCCAGAGGACGUCCAGCCGCCCUCUGAUCCACAGGAAGACAAACCUCAAAGUUCAAAUAGCAACUCGGAGUCAUGGAACAUCCAACCAGCCAUCCAGACACCUGCCACGCACCCAAACACCAACGAAGUUUUAACAGUUACCGCUGGCAUUCACUGGAUGUACACCCAGAUUCCUCCUAUCACUGCUCUUCUGCCAGGUGCUGCUUCUAUACCUGAACUGAAACAGAUCUGUCAAUAUCUGGGAGACCUUCGUGGCCAUCUCAUCUCGCUGCAGAAGGAGAACGAGCUGACGGACCAGUGGUGCCAAGUAGGAUACGUCCUUGACUUUUUGCUCUUCCGCGUCUAUCUGCUGCUCAUUUCAUGUUAUGCGGUGGUCAUCAUCUGCAUGUGGUGUGUCUGGAUCAGCCAGACCUAAGUAAUCUAUUCAGGGACGGUUCAUAGUGUGUCUAAGUAAUCAUUUUAAAAGCAAUCUGUGUAACUAGAUUUCAGAACAAUAUGUGAUGUUUGUGUUUCACUUUGUGUCCUGAAGUUAUUUUGAAAAAACGAAAUAAUAACUACUUUGAUCUUGAACAUAAGUUGUUCAUAAAUCUAAUCGGA